GGCUGAUACACUACGGUGAAGUUAUUCCUGUAAAGUAAUACAUAGUUUAAUCAUGCAAUCCUCCCAGAAUCACGACGAUCAAUUUAUUUCUGCAGCAUCAGAAUUCGAAGUCGAUAUACAAUUUCACAAUCAAAAUGGGAACCCAACUUUUCGCGAUUUUUCGCACACGAAAUACAUGCAACUUAAAACAUUCUACAAGACAAAAAGGAAAUAUUUCUUCAUUGGUAUUAUCAUUGCAGUUCUGAUAAUAAUGGAUAUUAUCAACUUUAUAAAAAAAGAUGGGCUAAAAGAGACAGAAUAUGAAACAGCAUCCACCCAAAAGACAGUGAGGGAUGAAUCAUUUUCUUCUGAAAUGAAUAUGGUUACUGUGAAUUAUAAAAAUGCAUCGAUCGAUUUUGAAUACAAUCUUCAAGAAGCUGAAUUUAAUAAUUCACUUUUAUUAUUAGAAGGAAACACAUUAUGGCAGCUGAACUUAAAAACGGAAGAUAUCUAUCAUUGGCAUGAAUCAAAAAAUGUUAUAACUGCGUUUUACUUCAACUUUCAAAAUAUUCCAAUAUGGUUCGAAGACCAAUCGAAAACGACUCACUCACUAAUACCAGAAUAUGAUGGGUUACCCUUUCUAGCAAAUUUUAAAGUUGAGAUAAUUGUUGAUGAUUAUUACACGGGAAACUCUUAUGCAUUAGAUGAAAAAGGAGGAAAUUUAUUUCUUUUCGACAAAAAUUAUCAUUAUUCAGCAGUUAUACUUACAGAUCUAAAAAAUGCAACAGAUCUAAAAAUUGAUCCAUCGGUUAGAUUGAUUUUCAUAUUAGCUAACGGUGAUAUUUUACGUUAUAACAUGGAUGGUCGAUCAUUGAAAGCAUUAAAAUUCUUAAGAAAAGAUGUUAGUGCCUUCACGCUCGAUUACAUGUCAAAAAAAAUAUACUCGCUUGGAAAAACCGCUAUUGAAUAUACAGAUUAUGAGGGCAAAAUUCGAAAAGUUUUUCAUAAAUUUGAAGCGUUUCAUUAUAAAUCUAGUUUAAUAUUUCAAAACAAUAAAUUGUUUUGGAUCCAAUAUGAUCGAUUUCCGACAACGCCAGAAUAUAUCAUAUUCUGCGAAAUCAUUAAAAAAUGUCAGAUGACUUUUAAGAUCCCGAUUCUUUUUCAGCAAAGUAAAUUUAUAGAUUUUCCGAAUAAACCAGUGACUAGUUUAGAUACUAAUCCUUGCCAAAGAAGUCCACCUGUGUGCGAUCACAUCUGUAUUUUAAGUGUAAAUUAUUCUUAUACAUGCGCCUGUGAUCAAUUUCACCAAUUAAGCGAUGAUAUGAAAACUUGUAAACUAAUGCCCUAUUUUAUUUACGUUCACAAUUUAUCUUUUCGUGGAAAGUUCAUCACUAAUUCUUUCUCCUCUUCCAAUGAUUUAAUUCCUUUUCAACCAGUUUAUUUUGAUUCUAAAGUUAAGUUACAUUUGCAAAAAAUAUUGUUCGCCAAAGGAUCAAAAAAUUCUGAAAUUUUCGUUUCUGAUGAUGAAAAUAUGUACAGUAUAAAUUUGAGGAAUGCAGAACAAAAUAAACUCUUCACAGUAGCAGGACAAGAUCGGAUAAUAUUAUCGUUUACAUAUGAUUCUAAAGUAAAACGCUUAUACGUUUUAGUAGAUAAUACUAAAACCUAUAAUAGUUACUUGAGAACAUAUAAUACAGACAUGGUGUUUGUUGAGUUUGAACUUCAAUUGUGCUAUCGCGGUGGAUUCUCUUCAAUGACGAUAAUAUCUAAUGAGCUACUUUUAUUGAGUUAUCUGAAAACGGGAGAAAUUUUACAGUUUAAUACUUUGGCUAGUAGAGGUAGAGAAAAAGUCAAUUCGGAAAUAGGUAGAGGUAAUAAGAUAUUGUUACUUCCGAAAAUCCCUGCUGAUGUAAAUUCACUUAAGUUUAAUUGGUUAAGUUUUAAUGGCAAUAUUACAACAUGGAACUACGGAUCAAAGUUCGAUGACGAAUUUACUAUAGAAUUAAAGAUGAUACUACCAUCAACCUUGUCAAAUGUCAAUAAAGGUUUCAUUUACGAAGAAAAUUUAUACGUAGAAGCCAACCAUAGCAUUUGGCGAGUACAAAAAAAUAGUUCAAUUAGUGCAAAUAUUCUUUUUAAAAUUACCGAAGAUAUUUAUGGAAUAACGUUAAUCUGAAGGUACAAAUAUAAGAAUACUGAAAAUAAAGUAUUAUAAAAUAUG